AUGGCCUAUCAGUACCAAAGGAGUUUAAGCGUCGUUGACGAUGAAAUCAGACUGCUUCAGAUUCAAGAUUCCAGGGAUCCGGGUUCAGAAAUCAAGUGUGAGUUAUUAACCACAUCUCUCGGAUCAGCCGGAAGCUAUACUGCCCUAUCUUAUUGUUGGGGUGACCCGGGGGGCAAGGAAAAUAUCAUUGUUUCAGAACGCCCUAUGAAAGUCACGAGAAAUCUCAUCAGCGCGUUGCAAGAUAUGCGUGACCGCGGAUAUCUCCGCAUCUGGGCUGAUGCAGUCUGCAUCGACCAGAGCAACCUAGAAGAACGCAGCCAACAGAUUCUAAGAAUGGCAGGAAUAUACCGCUCGGCUUCGAGAGUGGUGGCGUUUUUGCACGGCGCGACACUUCCCGAAGCAAAACUGGCGUCAGCGCUCUUCCUACGGAUAAAAAAUGAGGAGGAAGUGACGAGACUGGCGAACAAGGCGAGAGAAGACAAUGAAAGACAAAGACAGAGGAAAUUGGACCAGAUUCGGUCCCAAGAGUCAGGAUGGUCAUAUUUGUUCGGAAACCAUGAGUCUAAGUCGCGUAGGCUGCGACGCCCGAAACGUCUACGUGUUCAGAUCGACGGUCGUGAGCACUAUGUUUUGUCCAAACUGUUAAAUAACCCUUAUUGGUGCCGCUCCUGGAUAAUACAGGAAGUCUCGACAAAUACUGAACUGAAAAUAAUCUGGGGUCACCAGGUUUUCGAGCUUAGGAGCUUGAUCAGGGUUGCUCGUCUAGCAUCCGAGUCCAAAGGCAUUAGGAUUUUUGGGCAGCUGGCUCAUAUCCAGGACAUUGACAGAAUUCGCACUGCCCAAUUGACGAUGCGACCACGCUCCAUUUUAGAUGUUCUGCCAUUGAUACGCAACACAAAAGCGUCAGAGCCUCGCGACAGAAUAUACGCCAUUCUCGGCGUGACAUCGAACGGCAAUAUCCUUGUUCCGUUUCCCAACUAUUCACAGCCAGAUUCUGCUGUAAAUAGAGACAUGACGGUGCGGAUGAUCCAAAGAACCAAGUCGCUUGAUCUUGUGAUUUUCAAGCAUGGUGAAGUGGGACCAUGGUGGCACGAUUGGUUUAGCCCCGAGUCGUUCUCUGAUCGGCGAAUGCAAUGCUGUAUCAAAUCUUCGAUGAAGAGUGAAGGCUCUAUUGAUGAUCAAUCGGAUUAUAAUGCUUCCAAAAGGAGCGUUGCACACUUUCAAAUGAGAAACAACUCGCUCUUCGUCAAAGGCUUCUUCGUGGAUGAUAUCAUACAGUGUUCCCCCACCCUAUCCGAAGCCCUACAGAGAGGAGUGAAGACGUAUUCUUGGAAAUACGUAAAAGAGCAAAAUAAUCGAAUUGAUAUUCCAGAAAGCCAAAUGGAAAAGCAAUCGCGGAUUCUGGCUUGGCUCAUGUACGGUAUCAAAUUACACCGUAACUUUGCGAACUCUUAUGAAGUACACAAGACAAUUCUGGAAGAAUUGCUAUACACCCUCCGAAAAGGCCGAAAACUGGCUAAUAUUUCAAAUUUUGCCAAGGAGCUGAUCCAGUGGCUUUAUUGUUGUUGCGAAGACUCUUUUGAAAUUAAAGGCUACCCUCUUCCAUCCUGGCUUACUGGGAAAGAAGGGUUAAAAGCCCCAAAAUCUGGUGUGCGGAUCAAGACAUUAAUGAGAAUCCACUCUAAUCUAGGCUUGCAGAUGCGCUUAGGAAGGACAGAUCAUGGCCGUCUGGGGUGGUUUAAUAGGAAUGCUCUCCCUGGAGACAAAAUUGCGGUUCUAUUAGGCUGUCGCUUCCCGGCUGUGCUUCGAAAGUGCGGUGAGAAUCGCUACUGUGUGGUUGGUGAGGCUGUCGUUCAAGGACUAAUGUUCGGCGAGGCCAUGCGAAAAGCGCAGCCAACUUGGAUUGAGCUGGUUGAUCUGGAUCACAAGCAGUAG